CGCCUGGUCCCCGAGAUGCGAGAGCCUGCAGCCGCGCUGCCACAGCUCCCGGCCCGGGCUUCCCCCGCGGGCGCGCCUGAGCCUCCGUGCAGAGCGGCCCUGGCCGAAGAUGAUCCCGCCGGGGGAGUGCAUGUACGCAGGGAGGAAGAGAAGGAAGCCCGUCCAGAAACAGUAACGAAGCCUUCUGUGGGGGCUGAGAAGUCAAACCCUUCCAAGCGGCACCGCGACCGCCUCAACGCCGAGCUGGACCACCUGGCCAGCCUGCUGCCCUUUCCACCAGACGUUGUCUCCAAGCUGGACAAGCUCUCGGUCCUGCGUCUCAGCGUCAGUUACCUCAGGGUGAAGAGCUUCUUCCAAGCCCUGCAGGAGAAGUGCCCGCGCCAGCCAGUGGCCGGUGCCCCCUCGCCAGGAGAGAGUGGUCCUUGUGGAGGGUCGGCCGUGCUGGAGGGAAGGCUCCUGCUGGAGUCCCUGGACGGCUUUGCUCUGGUGGUGAGUGCGGAAGGGGUGAUAUUUUAUGCAUCAGCAACGAUCGCGGACUACCUGGGCUUCCACCAGACGGACGUGAUGCACCAGAACAUUUAUGACUACAUCCACGUGGACGACCGCCAGGACUUCUGCCGGCAGCUCCACUGGGCUAUGGACCCUCCCCAGGUGGUGUGUGGGCAGCCCCUGCGCUCGGAGACAGGAGAGGAUAUCAUGCUGGGGAGGCUGCUCCGGGCCCAGGAGGGGGGCGCCGGCCCCACCGAGUACUCGGCCUUCCUGACGCGCUGCUUCGUCUGCCGCGUGCGCUGCCUGCUGGACAGCACCUCGGGCUUCCUGACGAUGCAGUUUCAAGGAAAACUGAAAUUCCUGUUUGGCCAGAAGAGGAAGGCGCCGUCGGGAACAGCCCAGUCCCCUCGGCUCUCGCUGUUCUGCGUCGUGGUGCCCGUGCUCCUACCUUCUGUGGCAGAGAUGAAAAUGAAGGGUGCGUUUCUGCGGGCGAAGCACAGGGCAGACGGCUCCACCGCAAUGGACACGAAAGCAAAAGCCACCAGGAGUCUGUGUGUACCAGAAUUGCACGGGAAACCCAAUUACUUAGCAGGAAGAAACAGUGGAGAAAACGGCAUUUCUGUGUUCAGGGCACAGAUGGACGCCUGCCGCUGGGCCCGGGUUCCCGCCAGGGCCACGUGCCUGUGCCUGCGAGGUGGCCCCGACCUCGUCCUGUACCCCGAGGGGGCCGCCGGGGACUGGGGAGGUGAGGAGCAUGGGAGGGUGCCCAGCGGCGGCUCCGGGGUCAGGAGGAGGAGGGAAGCACACGCUUACGACUGCUGCUUCGAGACGCCAGGACCCACAAGGCAACUGAGCUGGACGGCAGGCCAACACGGUCAGGACGGCCCCAAGCCAAAGCUGGAGCCUGGCAGGAGUGACCCGUUCCCUGUGCAUGCCACCUCCCGGGGCUCCUGCGUGCCCUACCCCAGCGCCCCGGGCACCGUCCCUGCCUUCCGGAAUUCCCCUGGCGCUCACCAGGCCCCCAGUGCCUAUGCCAGCCGGCCGAGCAGAGCCUUGCAGGAUGGCGAGCAGGGCCCGGUCCACUCUCCCGCCAGCGGCCCCUUCCCCCUGGGGAGCCUGGAGAACCAGGUCCCUCAGCCGGGAGUGCAGUGCCUCACAGUGGGGGGCUAUGCCGCCCAGGACAUCAAGUUGCCAGGUGUGCCCAUGCCCCCGGAGGCCCCGUGCAACCCCAUGUUGUCACUUAACGUGCCCAUCAAGAUGGAAAGUGACUCUGGGUCCGAGGAUGCAGCAGAUGGCUACUCUGUGUCGCCCAGCCAGGUGUGGCUGGGAGCCAGCGACGUGGCUAAGAGACAGCUGGUCACUUUCCCUACCAGGAUGCACCUGAAAACAGAGCCAGACUCCAAGCACCACCUGUAUGCCCCACACCUGGGGCCUGGCAUGCUGGGGGCUCCCCCCAGGCCUGGCAGGGAGCUGGCCCCCUUCCACCCCGCACACUUUGUCUGCCUGGAGCGUGGGCACGGCCCUCCUGAGCCAGAGCCUCCCCCCUGCCUCUGUGUGCGGGGCCACCGGCCCCCCACUCUGGGCUGUGACUGCAGAGCUCCAGGGACCGCACCCAUGAUCAAACUUGAGCCCUUGGACUCACCCCCAUGGGCCGCUCACAGCCAGGAUGGGGCGCCCAGGAUGCUCCCCAAAAGUGCCUUGGCGACACUGGUGCCGCCCAAAGCCUCCGAGUGCUCUUUUCUGCCAUAAGCCGGGCGUUUGUUCAGUGGCAUCUGCCCCCCUCCGAUUGUCAGCUGGGAUGGCAGGUGCAGGCCAGAGCCCCUCUUCAGGGGCGCUCUGCAAGUGGCACAGGUUCAGUCCUCUGUUAUCUGGUGCAGAUGGAGAGUGUGUUCUGUGUUUUGUAAAAUAUCACCAAAGUUCUUAAAUGCAAAGUGGUCUUAAGUCUGUUCAAGUAUGACAGUAUUUCUCUCCGAGGGGCUAAGUUUUUCAGGAACCGGCCACAGUGAGGCAUGUGGGCCAGGUGGGGCUUACUCCAGGCUCGGGAGGUGGCAGCAGGCUCGGGUCUGACUGGCAGUCCCCGGGGCAUGAAAGCUGUGACGUUCCCUGCGGCCCCACACCUGCCUCCAGCUCCCCAUCCGUUCAGAGUGCAGCCAGACAGGCCCUUGGGGCUGGAACUCGCUCAGCGGCAGGUGACCAUGCCCCAUUCCUGGCAGGAAUCUAGGGAGUUCCAGGCAGAAGGCACUGGAAGCAUCAGGUCCUAUGGCAUGUGCUCUGCGACCCGCAUGGAGUUGGAGGCCAAACUGGAGUGGAGAUUCACGGGGUGAUGUCCAGUUCCUUCUAGAAGUCUCUCUGGGGCUUUGAAUAGGCCUCUGAAGAUGGUUUACGCUCACCUGUCUCUUGGUGCGGCAUGUAACCUAGAGUUCCCGGAGUCUGGGUUUGGAGGUAGAGAGAAGUUGAAAACGUGGAGAAAAGAAACAGGAGAGUGCAUUGUCCCGUUGUCUUGCUGACUGUCCACAGUUUUUCAAAUGAGGACUCCAAUCACCAUCCCACGAAGAGUUGUUAGAGAAAUGCCAGGCAGGUAACUUCUUUCAUUGGAAGGGUAAUACGUUCUGAUUGCAGGAAAUUUGGAUACAAAGCGUAAGUCCAAAAGUGAAGGUGACCCUCAGUCCCCACCCAGAGAUGGCUUGUAGCCGAUGGCAAAGUUCCAGGGGAACCUAGGGCAUCCCAUCGGGGUCUGAAAGCCAGCAGGCAGGAGGAGGCCACAGCAGGGAGGCCCCGGAUCUGGGGUCUGCCCGUGGCCCUGCCUGUUCAGGACAAGGACACCUAUCUUUUUUGAAAAAAAAA